AUGGGAUCUCAGGUCGACGAUAGAGAUUUCAGGUCUCUGCUUCCCGAGCUCUCUCUGGAGGAAAAGGUUGCCCUUCUCUCGGGACGGGACUUUUCGACGGCAGCAGGCGUCCCUCGAUUGAACAUUCCUCCCAUAAAGGUUGCGGACUCUAUCGCAGGCGUCCGCCCGUCCGGGCUCACAGCUGAUGCGACAACAGCAUGCUUCCCAAACAACGCUUGCCUAGGUUCGACGUGGGACGCCGACCUGCUAGGCCAACUCGGCGAACAACUCGCAUACCAGGCGCGCCAAAAGAGCGCGCAGGUUGUCCUUGGCCCGACGAUCAAUAUCCACCGCGACCCUCGUGCCGGACGCAACUUCGAGUGUUUUAGUGAGGACCCGUUGCUGUCUGGACAGCUGGCGGGCGCAAUCUGCAACGGCAUCCAAAAACAUGGUGUCGGCUCGUGUCCUAAGCACUUCGUGUGCAAUGAUUCGGAGACACUGCGACACUUUUACGAUGUACAGGCAUCGAUUGACAGUCGGCCGCUGAGGGAGGUCUAUAUCGCUGCCUGGCAGCACUUGCUUCGGACGGCUAACCCGACGGGAAUUAUGACUGCGUACAACAAAGUUGAUGGCACAUUUUGCAGUGAACAUGCUCGCCUCAUCGAAGGAAUAUUGAGAAAAGAAUGGGGCUUCGAAGGCAUCGUCAUGUCCGACUGGUUUGCCGUGCACAACGUGGUCGAGCCCGUCAAGGCGGGCCUCGACCUCGAGAUGCCAUUUCCAGUGUUUAGGGGCAAGAGGCUGACUGCAGCUGUGCGGUCCGGCGAGUUGACCGAGGCCGAGAUCGACGCCAGGGUGCUCAAGAUGUUGGACCUCCGAAACCGCACAAGGACCUGUCAUGGCGAGCGGCCUGAGAGAUCAGAGGUCAAUGAGAAGACGAACGAGCUCUCUAGGAGGCUCGCUGCAGGCGGGAUCGUGCUGCUGAAGAACGAGAACGUGGCCCUUCCCCUAAACCCCUCAGACGCGCCAAAGAUCGCCCUUAUUGGGGAGUUUGCGGGCUCCCCCGUCGUGACCGGAGGUGGGAGUGCUUCGUGUACGCCGCAGUACCGGCACUCGCCAUUCGAAGUCUUGAAAGAGACAUUUCCUGGUGAUGCUGUUCGUUACCAUGCGGGGGUCCGAACGCGGCGGGUGAUUCCUGUUGUACCUACGGCACAGCUCACAUCGCAAGACGGUCGAAACGGGGUCGAUGUCAAGUACUACAAUGACGACUCGAUGGAGCCGAUAUUGACCGAGUUCCAGGAGAAGGCCGAGGUCUGGAUGUUGGGCGAGUUCAAGGCGGGGUUGAGAGUUCCCGGGUCUCAUAUCGAGCUUAGCGCUAAGUUGACGCCCGCUUCGACGGGAGAGCACACUCUUGCUGUGCGGACCACGGGUGAUUUCUCUUUGACCGUUGACGGGAAAGAAGUCAUCUCAGGGCCCCAGAAAGACAUCGCCACGGAACAGUUUAUCUUCAACCACGUCAAGCUCGAGACAAGAGCGCAGUUUCGAAUGAGCGCAGGUCAAGCCUACGACAUUAGGCUCAUUAACAAGUCGUGGGACCACUUGGUGAAGGGCGAGCCGACUCCCUAUGCUGCAACCAUUUGCUUUGAGGAGUAUCGCUCCGACGAGACGGCUAUUGCGGAGGCGGUCGAGCUUGCGAAGGCGUCGGACGUUAGCAUCAUCUACGCCGGCCGCAACGAACAAUAUGAAUCCGAAGGUUACGACCUGGAAGACAUCCGCAUGCCGGCGAACCAGACGGCGCUGAUCAAAGCCGUAGCUGCGGCUUCGAAGAAGACCGUUCUAGUAUUGCACUGCGGCAAUCCAAUUGACGUGAGCGCCGUCGUGGACGACGUCGAUGCCAUCCUCAACGCCCACUUCCCCGGCCAGGAGGGCGCGCGGGCGACUGCGGACAUCAUCGCGGGCAUAACGAACCCGAGUGGGCGCUUGGCGACCACAUGGUUCAAGACGCUGGAGGAUGUGCCAAGCUUCGGCGACUUCCCGGCCACCAAGGCGGAAGAUGGUAGCGUGCGGUUCCGUUACGCCGAGGGCUUGGGCGUAGGAUAUCGUCACCCUGAAGCUGCGGAGCGGGCGAGAUGGGCGUUUGGAUAUGGGCUAUCUUACACUUCAUUCAGCUACUCUGACCUUGCCACGACUGUGGGAGGACCAUCUAACAGUUCUAGGCUUCGAGUCUCCGUUAAGGUCAUCAACACGGGGUCUCGUGCUGGAAAGGAGGUUGUGCAGGUGUUUGUAACGCCAGCUAAAGAGACGUCCGUCUGGAGACCAGCGCGCGAGCUGAAGGCUUUCAAGAAGGUCCUCUUGCAGCCCGAGGAGUCGAGAGAGAUUGUUCUGGAGCUUGACAUCAAAAUAGCCUGCAGCUACUGGGAUGAGGCGUCGAAGGCGUGGAAGCUGGAGAAGGGACUUUAUGGCAUUGAGAUCGGAGGCUGCCAAGGGACCUUUUCGGUCGCUACGGGACUGGCCUGGAGAGGGCUGUGA